AUGUUAAAGAACAGGGCUCACUUGGAAUGUUUUGGCUGUGUCUUACAGAUCAUAGUGUAUAGGGAUUAUCUUAAAUACAUCGUUGGGACAAGUGCCAUGCAGAACUUGCUCGAUAGGUAUCCUGGCUACAACUCCAACGUUGAUCCGUCCAUUGCUAACGUUUUCGCCACCGCUGCUUACCGUUUCGCCCACGUCACUGUCCAGCCCUUCAUCUUCCGUUUGGACAAAAAUUUCAAGGAAUCUCAGCAGUUCCCCAGCAUCCCUGUCCAUACGGCCUUCUUCACACCGUGGAGAAUUAUAUUUGAAGGUGGGAUUGAUCCUUUGAUCCGGGGGGUGAUUAGUAGUCCGGCUAAGCUGAACAAGCAGGACAGCAUGAUGGUGAACUCGCUGAGAGAAAAACUGUUCAUCUUUAGCAGCAAAAUCGCCCAGGAUCUGGCUUCCCUCAACCUGCAGAGAGGCCGAGACCACGGCCUACCAGGCUAUAAUGCAUGGCGGAGGUUUUGUGGCCUGUCCGAACCGAAAAAUGUCACUGAAUUGGAAUCUGUGCUGAGUAACACAGAUCUGGCACAUAAACUCAUCGAGCUCUACGGCUCUCCUGAUAACAUCGACCUCUGGGCAGGAGGCCUUGCUGAACCGUUCGUCCCUGGAGGUCGAGUUGGGCCGGUGUUCUCCUGUAUCAUUGCCACCCAGUUCCAGAAGAUCCGCCAAGGAGACAGGCUCUGGUGGGAGAACACUGGUGUUUUCACUCCAGCACAGAGAGCCUCACUGUCCAAAAUGUCUCUGUCUCGCAUCAUCUGUGACAACACAGGCAUCACUAAAGUUCCAAGGAACCCUUUCGUCUUAAGCUACAACAAAGCAAAAUUUGUCAACUGCAGAAACAUCCCAGGAGUUACCCUCGCUCCUUGGAAGGACUUGACGAAGGGAGAGGCCAGCAAGGACUGA